UGUCACACAGCUCAACUGUAGAACAAAUAAGAAGUUUGGACAGAAUAAACAAAAUCAAAGUUCACCUGAUCAUUGAUAAACAUAGGCUAUUUCUCCAUCUAGACUGUGGUAAGAGGGACAAACUGAGCUGAGGUGAGCUGCAGCCAGAAAACGUUACCAUGAUGCAAGCACCGGUGGUUCUCUGGAUCUUAUCAGCAGUGGUCUGUGUAGGAAAAAGCCAUCAUCACAUUGGGCACGGUGAGGAAGCCCAAGGCACCGCUGCAGAGGACAGUGAGAGCAAAAUCUCACUGGUGACCUCAGCAAACAAAGAGUUUGCCUUCCAUCUGUACUGGAAGUUAGCGGAUCAUGCUGCCUCUCAAGGCAAAAACAUUUUCUUUUCUCCAGCCAGUGUCUCUGCUGCCUUGGCUGCUCUGUCUGUAGGGGCACGGGGGGAGACCCAUCAGCAGUUGCAUAGUGGCUUGGGCUUUAACAGCUCCCAGCUGACUCAGACAGAUGUAGAUCAGGCCUUUCGUACACUCCUAGCAAACACAGCAUCUGAUAAGGACAUCAGCCAAGGUUCUGCUCUAUUUGUUGAUAACCUUUUCAAGCCAAAACCUGAGUUCCUGGAUGUCCUGAAGCAGUUCUAUUCUGCCGAGGGCUUCAGUGUUGACUUUGCCAAAACUACAGAGAGCACCAAUACCAUCAAUCAGUAUGUAUCAGAUAAGACUAACGGAAAGAUAAACAAGCUGGUUGAAAGCCUGGAUCCAAGGACAGUUAUGUACCUCCUCAAUUACGUCUACUACAAAGGAAAAUGGGAAACUCCCUUUGAUCCUGAGCAGACUGCGGAGGAUGUGUUCAGGGUGGAAAAAAACAAAGAGGUUCAAGUCCAGAUGAUGAGAAUGGAAGAAGAUGUUAGUACUUAUUACGACCAGGCCCUCAACACCUCAGUCCUCCACCUGCCCUUCAACAACUCCUACUCCAUGCUGCUGCUGUUACCUGACAAUAUGACAAUGCUGGAGAGAAAUAUCAGCCCUACACAUGUCACUAGAUGGUUAAAGUGGAUGAAGUCAGGGAGGUACAAGAUCUAUGUUCCCAAAUUUUCCAUCAAGACCUCCUACAAGCUGAAUGAUGUGCUGACUGGAAUGGGAAUGGCAGACAUGUUUGGGGAUCGUGCAGAUCUCAGCGGCAUUGCAGAGGGACAGAAGCUGGCUGUGUCGGAGGUUGUGCACCAAGCCACACUGGACGUCAAUGAGGCUGGAGCCACUGCUGCAGCAGCCACUGGUAUCGGCAUCACACUUCUGUCCUUCCGCCACAUCCCAGAAUUAAGGUUCAACCGUCCUUUCAUGGUGAUCAUCACUGAGCGAGUCGCAGAAAACGUGCUUUUUCUGGGCAAGAUUGUCAAUCCAAACAUCUGAAGGAAUAGAUGUUAUAUUUGAACCCAGCUUUAUCAGUACAUAUGUAAUACAAAGAAAAUACUUUGUGUGGUGUCUUAUUCCCAUUGCAUACACAGAUAACAUGUUUGCUUCACAUUUGUAUUUGCUGAUCCUUAAAAAAGGCAUGUUCUACAAUAAAUAAUCACAGGGGAAUUCUGAUUAGUAGACUGCUUUUAACAAAAAAAAAUAAAAAUGAUUCAGUAGUCUA